AGAACAGAGUGGAGAAGGGGUGGAGUGGGGAAAGAAAAGCCGGCCCCUCUUACACCACCUCGACUCCUUGGCACUGAGUGUCAGCAAAAAACCUCUAAUGUGAUCAAGAUGCAAGUUUUCCAUGGACGCCUCGCUGCUCCCUGGCUUUCCAUUUGCCUUUGGCUGCUUCAGCACUUGUCCAGCAAUCCAAGGACGAGGGUGGUGACUGGACUCUCCAAGAUCGCUCUUACUUUUUCCAACUAAGGACUGGAUUUAGAGUGCGCUUUCAUAUAUCAUGUCCCUUGGAGAGAGUUGGAUUAAUAUUUCCUGAAAAGUGGAGGAAUUUCAUCUUGCAAAUGAAUGAAAAGGAAGCCAAUGGAUCUCUCUGGAUAACUGUUAAAACUUGUUUUUUGGAAUAUACAUGCAUCUGCCAGAAAGGAAAAACAAUCCAGAUACUAGAUUUUGUUGUAGGAUGCUGUGUCAUGUUUGGAGAAUCUACAAGAAGUCAAUCUGAGUAUCUAACUUCAUAGGGGAUUGACGAUUGAAUGUCAGUGGUUGGUUUAAUGGGAAUCAAGAGUGUGUAAAUGAUUUAUAUAAAAGAUUUCUGUUUAUACUCUAAACAAAAAUUACAUUAAGCUUUAUGCCAAAUGUGGUAAAAAGCUGAUAAUUCCCAGGUUAUUUGUUGAAAUAGUAACUUUAAAAAAAUGUAUGACUUUUUUCUGAUUCUGAAAAAAAUAUCAUUCAGUUAUAAUUCUGAUUCAUUUUCUUAACAUUUUUACCUUUUGGAAGUCAGUUUAACAGUCACAUUUACAUACUUUACCUAGUGUAAGCUACAGCUAAAGUAAUAUAUUCUGAAGUAUAUUUUUAACAAAAGCAAUAAGCUUACAUAAAAUCAUGUAUUCUGUUAGCAUUGUGAGUGUUACUGGGUGAUGAAAUUCAGCUGAUUGUCAGAUGUUGUAUUUUCCUUCAUCUAUGUAAUAUCCUUUUGUCAGUAGGGGAUAUGACAGCUCUGGUGUCAACAUCCUAAAAGCAGAGAAACACUUUAGAAUCUUUGCUUUGUCAGCUUUAUCUGCUAUAAAAAUUUCAAAGCAAAAACAUCAGUUUUGUCUCAGUGUAGCUGACUGUAGCGGGCAAGCUGCAGAGUGAAAAUGGUAAUGACAUUGUUUUAAAAACAUUUUGGUUUCCACCGUAUGAUCAUCAUAAAGAGGCUCCUUGACGUAUUAUAUUGGUCCAGUUUAUUUCCCCUGUUACUUUGAAUGCAGAGCAGUUGCAAUCCUCGAACUUUCACCCACUGCUUCCUGUUAACUUGAGAAGCAGGACUUGAUUUACCGUACUGUCAUCUGGACAUUCAGUUUCUGUAAACCUAUAACUAGUGAGCACUUGAUGUUUGUUACUCCCAUUUCUCCUCUCAAUUACAGCGGAUCUGUUUAUCUAAUUUUGCCAGCAGCCCUAUGGGAUAAUACUUUGCCUUUCAUCAUGGCUGUUGCUAUUCGGAAAAGAAGUUGGGAGGAACAUGUGACUCACCCGUCGGGUUUACAAUAUAGCUAUGAUGAUCUGGAUCUGGUUUGCUGUCAUGGAGUUGACAGCGAGGGUCUUUGGUUGGACUCUGAGGCUUUAAAACAGGGCCGGCGGACGAGAUGUGUCUCUAUGCCAGAGGGCUGCCAGCUGCCUUCAGAUGACUCAGGUCAGACGCCUUUGGAUGAGUCCUUUGCUGUUAAAGAUGUCAAUGAAUCAGCUAAAAACAAUGAAGAUUCUCUGUUAAAAUUUCAGGAGUCAGUUCUCGAGUUGGUUGCUCCUGAACUUCCAAAGAGGAAUUUCAAAUCAGCACAAAUCUCUGCCCCCAAUACUGGGAUUUCUUCAGUCUUCUAUUGUUACUCAAACAGUACAAUUUCUAGUGUUAAUACUUAUUUUGCAACUGAUAAUCAGACUAUGAAAACUUUCUACAAUAAAGGGGUAAUUGGCACAGAAUGUAGACAGGAUUGCAUCUUCAGUGGUGAUGUCUUAAACAGCCUUAAAGAGAAACAAUACAUUUCUAUCCCUUCAAACAAGGGGCCUCCAUGUUCUGAAUCUGCUGAUGAGCAGCCUGGCAAACUUCCAACUCAUCAGCAGACAAAGGAGAGCCACACUGAGAGUUACAGCAGAUCUCCUGAAAUCUCUGAGGUCACACUGAACCGUGGCACUGCCACCGAACAGGAACCUCAAAGCGACUGUGCAGAUGUUGAAGGAACUAUUUCCACCUCCGACCAAGCUUGUGGAAGGGAACUGUACUUUACGCACCAAAAUCCCAUGGAGGGUGGUAAUGAACUGUCACUGCCUAACAAGUCUUUGGAACAAUUUUUGACUUUUACAAUAGAGGAAAAAUGUGACAAUGGAUUUACCCAAAGCCAGAGCACAGAUUUUAUUCACAAGUCGGGUGGACAAAAUGAACUGGAAACUAAAAGUGAUAAUGAAGGCCUCAAUAAUUUAAGAACUGUUCAAGGCGAGCCAGACUAUUCUAACUGUGCUGAUGACUUAGAUCAGGCUGAUGACUGUGAAAUCUAUAAGGACAUGGUGAACCUUCCCACAUCAGCCCAACAGGAACUUCAGACCCACUGCCCAGAAGUUGAACGGAUUAUCUCCACCUCUGACCAAGCUGCUGUAGAAGGCCCUAUUUUUGUGCUUCAAAAUUCAGCUGAUACAACAGAAGAAAAUACAUCAGUAAAGCAACCGAUUGUGACACUUUCAUUAGAUCCACAGUAUGACAAAACAUCUAGUCAAAGCUGGAGCACCGUUCCUUCUCGCAGACUGGAUGGACUGAAUGACUCAGAAAUUUUAAAUGAAAAUCCAGGACACCCUCAUCACUCAAGAAAUAUUCAAGUGGACCAGGGUUCUUAUAACUGUGCUGUGGCUUUAGAUCACUGUAAUGAUUGUGAAACACUUAACCAGACACUGGUUGAGCCACAUAAUGUUGCAGCAACAGACGAGAGCUGUCCUCAUGUGGAGGAAAGUGCAGAAAAAGAAGAGCCUCCUGACACAUAUCAGAAUAAAGUCAUAAAUCAGUAUUUGACGUUGAUCAAAACUGCUGAACAGCAGAGUACUGGAAAUAUAGAAAGAGAGUCAGUACUAAAAAGUUCUAUUUGGUGUGCAGAUCAUCAGAAUGUGAAAACCUCCUUAAGUAGGUCAGUGGAUGUCAUAGUUCAGAACCCAUUACCGAAAGAGUGGACUGUUUGCAAGGAUGAAGACGUACCUCUCAAUGUUGAAAAUAACUCUUCAAAGCAUGUCGCCAUUCCAGAGAUCCGCCUGGUUAAAGCAGAUGACAACUCUUUGGUAAAAGCUACAGAGCAAGCUGUGGUUGAUAUUAUUGAAAAUCCAGUUUAUAACAUCCAUCUGGAUAAUGAAUACAAGACUACUGAGCAACAGAUGAACCCUCCCUUCCUCUCUAAAGAGGUCAGUGAGUUGCUCCAUGGCAACCAAACCUCUUGCCUGAGUGAAUCACCUUGCUCUGAAGUGGCAGAUGGUCACAACGAACAUCACAGCCCAGGAAACACACUUUCUGCAAUGGGGGAGCUGGAUAAGGCUAUAUUCUCAGCUGUUUCAAGAGACAAGCAACUGUCCAGUUCAGAUAUUGAAGGAACACAUGAGACAGAAAAUCAGAAGGAAGACAGUGUGGUCAAGGUACGGAUGAGAAGGCGUGAACAUGCUCGUUUGGAUUCCAUGGUGCUGUUGCUAAUGAAGCUGGAUCAGCUGGACCAGGAAAUUGAGAAUGCCCUCAGCACCACCUCCUCCAUGACCAGUUCCCCUACUCCUAAUCGCCGUCAUCACCUGGUGACCAAUAAAGAGCAAACACCGGCAGCAUUGCUGACACUCCCACUUCCAAAUGAGACCACUGCCUUCUCAUCAAGAUCUGCAAAAAUCUGCAAACCUAAAAGUGGCGUAAGUCAUGGGGUCAGCAUCUUUGCAGAGCCUGUUAUACAAAUUUGGUGACAUGUUUUUUUGUGCAUUAUUAAAUUAUGUAAUUCACAUUCACAAAAGCAUUAAAUAAGUUGGUAAACAGU